CACUUUUUCAAUGUUUCAUCAAGUCUGUCUAUACAUGAAUCCAAAUAUCAUGGUUUUGUCAUCCCCACUGUCCCUACUGGUAGCUAGAAUACCCUUCAUUAACCAACUUUGAAACCCUUGUUUACAUCCUUUCAAAUUAUCGGAGUAUUCAGUUCAAAUUGAUUUGAAUAAUAGAAGAACACAACUGGAUCAAUAUGACUUCUCAAAAAGUGUAUCGACCUAAUCCUCGAUAUGCUGAAGGAUUUCCCAGUCAGGGAAACAUGAAACGCUCUAUUUCGGUGAUGUCUUUCACUUCUUUGGACAAUAUGCGAUCGACAUUGUCUGGUUUAUUCACUCCUUUAAGACUAGAAGAAGAAGAACUGGAUGAAGAUGAUAAUUCAUCUGUUCAUGAUUAUGAAGACUACGCAAGUAAGCAAAAAGAUGACGAUCUAAAAAAAGAGAAAAGAAAGAAGAGAAUUAUAAUUGAACCAAAUUUAUCUCUGAAGCUGUUGUUUUUUAAAUUUUUCGCAAUUUUUGGGCUGGGAUCGAUUUUUACUUACAUGGCUGAAGGCAUUCUUCAGGAAGCUAAAUUAUCAUCAUUGACAGUACAACUUGGGAGCUGGGUUUUUAAGCCCAAUUGGUCUGUGGCUUUUGGGCUUGUAGCCAUGGGACUUGCUGUUGCAUAUCGUUUAAUGGAUGUACGAUGUCCGUCUGGUUCUGCCGCAAAUAGAAGAACAUCACAAUCUUCACAAUUUCAAAUACUUUCUAGAUACCUUGCAGCUUUUGCAACUCUUCUUCUGACUAUGAAGAAAUUAUUGAGUACUCAGAAUGCCCACUCUUCUUUUGUUGCCAUGGUCGCUAGUGCAGCUACUAUAUGGUACGUCUUUGAUCGUUCAAAAAAUGGUUUUACUGUAUCGUGUAUUAUGAGUAUCAUUGGUAGCAUAGCGUACUAUGCAUUUGUUGAUAAUACCCCUUUCAGUCUUUUCGAACCCAACCCUUCAGAAUACCAAUUUCGUUAUUGGAUCCCUAUGAUUCUUUUCUCUGCCUCAACAAUAGUGGGAAACGCCGGUCGUCUCCUCUUUUAGGUUUUUUUACGAUGACUUAUAAGCGCUAGACUCUUCGGUGAAUGAUUCUUUCUGUUUUACGUUUGUACUUGUUAUGACAUUUUUCUGGUAUAUAUUAUAUAUGGGCGAUGGUUAAAACACCGUAUAUACUUUUCCAAUUUAUUAUACUCGUUUUAAUUUUUUUGGUCUUUAUAUCCUCGAGAAAUGCUUACUGUUAUCCAUACGAUGUUUUAAUCGCUAUUCUGUCCAGUUCAUUAUUUUUAAUUGUCAGUUAUACUUUGGCAACUCAAUUUGGUGCAUCAAUCCGAGAAGUUGAAAUCAACGAAGUUUUAGGCAGUAGAUGAGAAAAUUCAAAAUAUACAGCUUCACAAUAACUGUACCAGCGGUCGGUACCUCCCUCGAAAAUGCUUCUGUUUAGAUUCGCACCCCAAGAGUUUCGUCGUAUAAAUACUAACUGAUGUUGAAAUAUGGUCUUAUUACACAAAUACAACAAAUGUUUCAUCUAAAAACUAAUUAGCUUCAUCAGUUACUGAACAUAAAAGCAUACAAAUAGAGGACACGAAAACCAACAUAAUGUAAUACAAAAGCAAGGUGCACACUUUUUAUUUUAUUUUAUUUUUAUUUUUUACUAACAACUGGGAAAAGUUCUUUGCUGUAAAUUCAUUCCUUUGUUUUUUACCGUUUAGUGUCAUCUUUAGGGAGCGUUAUUUGCUCUUGGAUUGAGAAACGCGGUGCGCUACUCAAUCAUUACUCUCUACCUUACUCCUAAACUUUGCCUGGGAGGGCGAGACAAGGGUGUGUAUGUAAUUGUUUCAAUCUUUUACUAAAAGAAAAAAAAAACCUGUACUUGUA